AUGUAUUCGUCCAACUCCUCCGACGAAGGUGACGAACUGUCCACCGAAGCUGUACAACGAAAAGGUCGACUUCCGCUUGAGGUAGACGACGAUGAUACGGAUGAGAUGGGUGAUAUAGCUGGGCCUCAUACGGAACUCGUUUCGACUUACUCCGACGAGGAAGAUGGGACGCUGGUAGGAGAGCCUUUGGGGUAUUCCAACUUUUUUGAAAAUGCGCCGUAUGGUAGCAGCACAUCGGGGACUAGGAUGCGAAAUUCUGGGGGGAAUAUAUUGCUUGACUCGAAAGAUCGAAAUGACAGCAGUGAUGGCGAGGAGGAUGAUGGCCUUGUAGAGAUUUUACUGCCAGGAAGGAAAUAA